AUGCAAUCAAGUAUCAGCGAAGAUGUGAUAUAAUAAUAAGAUUAAAAAUUCGACUUAAAAAAUUUAAAUAAAAAUAUAUUGAAUUUUUAAGAAAAGUGGGAAAUACUCGUGUCACGGAGUUUUUCUUUUUGUUAUUUAUCGCUCAUUUUGUUUUAAACAAUUUUAUAAAAAUGGAUAUCUUCACAAUCUACAUUGCCACGUUUUUUGUCAUUUUUCUCGUGAUGCCAGCUGUUUACUUUUGCAUGAAGUUAAUACUUUGGUUUUUACUGGAAUAUUGCGGAAUUCGAUGCUGUAGUCGCAAUCAGAAUUCAACGAAUCAUAGGCCACGACGUCGGUUAAUUCAAACCUAUUAUGAUCGUCAGGGUAACAUUUUCACAAUUUCUGAAGGCUCAGAAAAUAACGCAGCAAAUCGUUAUGCGGACUUCUUUUAUCUCGAACCGAAUUCGGAAGAAGCCGCACGUAUACGAGCUCAACUCGAGAAGGAUGAUAAAGAAUUGCCAUCAUAUGAUGAUGUGAUGCGCAUUAAUAAUAUAACAACACCAACAGCGUCAGGUGCACCAAUUGGUGCAUCAACAACUUCUAUUGCAACCACAGACACAACAUUGACUGUGCCACCGUAUUCAGAAGUAGAUCCACAUCCUCCCCCAGCAUUGCCAACACAAACUGAUAGAGAUGUUACAGCUAUCUUGCCAAACACAACAACAAUUGGAACAAAUACACAAUUUACAUGCGACAUUACAAACAUAGAACCAUCGACAUCUAGAGCAGCAGCUGCUGCUGCAUCCACAUCCACAGCUAUUACAAUCCCUAUUGAUAAUCCAGUCACUAAUAGCAAUGUAUGACAUAGUCAUAUAAUUCAUUGUUAGUUAAUGAAAUUUUUUUUUGUAUUACAAAAAGGACUGUGUGGUGUUUUAUAUUGUUGUAAAUUGUUAAUGUAUUCCUUGAGGAUUCUUUUUAAAAAUGUGAUUUUAUAUUUUGGAAAACCUUUACUUAUACUUAGGUUUAAAAAUGUACAUAAAUUCAUCAUAAGUAUAUUAUAAU